UCUUGACCGUAUUCAGCGGCUCAGCCCCCUGAGCGGAGGGAAACCCUACCUGCGUCGCGGGCAGAGUCCUCCGGCGCGGAGACGCCAGGCGCGCCGGCUCCGGGCCCGUGACCAAGGGUCGCCAUGCCAGAGACAGCCUGGCGGCUGAAGGCCUGGAACUUCCCCGGCCCCGGCGGAAACGGGGAGGUGCGGUGGGGCUGAGUGACAGCCUUCGUGGGGGCAGAAAACCGAAGGCCAGCACCUGUGGCCGCAGAGACCAUGGCAAGCCCAGGGAAAGACAAUUAUCGGAUGAAGAGCUAUAAGAACAAUGCCCUAAACCCUGAGGAAAUGAGGCGAAGAAGAGAGGAAGAGGGCAUUCAGCUUCGGAAGCAGAAGCGGGAGCAACAACUAUUUAAACGGAGAAAUGUAGAGAUGAUUAAUGAAGAAGCUGCCAUGUUCGAUAGUCUCCUCAUGGACUCCUACGUGAGCUCUACCACUGGGGAGAGUGUGAUCACAAGAGAGAUGGUAGAGAUGCUCUUUUCUGAUGACUCUGACCUGCAGUUAGCAACCACACAGAAAUUCCGGAAACUGCUCUCUAAAGAGCCUAGCCCUCCAAUAGAUGAAGUUAUCAACACACCAGGAGUGGUGGAUCGGUUUGUGGAGUUUCUGAAGAGGAAUGAGAAUUGUACAUUACAGUUUGAAGCUGCCUGGGCUUUAACCAACAUUGCCUCUGGAACCUCUCAGCAGACCAAAAUUGUCAUUGAAGCAGGGGCUGUCCCCAUUUUUAUAGAGCUGCUUAACUCGGACUUUGAGGAUGUACAGGAACAGGCAGUCUGGGCACUGGGAAACAUAGCUGGAGACAGCUCCGUUUGCCGAGAUUACGUCUUGAACUGUUCCAUCCUUAAUCCUUUGUUAACGCUCCUUACAAAAUCCACACGACUGACAAUGACACGGAAUGCAGUCUGGGCCCUGUCAAACCUCUGCCGAGGGAAGAACCCACCUCCAGAGUUUGCAAUGGUCUCCCCUUGUUUGCCUGUGCUGUCUCGCCUCCUCUUCAGCAGUGACUCAGAUUUGCUGGCAGAUGCUUGCUGGGCCCUUUCUUAUUUGUCUGAUGGCCCCAAUGAGAAGAUCCAGGCGGUCAUAGACUCUGGAGUCUGCAGGAGAUUAGUAGAGCUUCUAAUGCAUAAUGAUUACAAAGUGGCUUCUCCUGCCCUGAGAGCUGUGGGUAACAUCGUCACUGGGGAUGACAUCCAAACCCAGGUCAUUCUCAACUGUUCAGCACUCCCUUGCCUCCUCCACUUGCUGAGCAGCCCCAAGGAGUCAAUUCGGAAAGAAGCUUGCUGGACCAUUUCAAAUAUCACUGCUGGCAACAGGGCUCAAAUACAGGCUGUCAUAGAUACAAACAUCUUCCCUGUGCUGAUCGAAAUUCUUCAGAAAGCAGAGUUCCGUACAAGGAAAGAGGCAGCCUGGGCCAUCACCAAUGCCACAUCUGGAGGAACCCCUGAGCAGAUCAGGUACCUGGUAUCACUGGGUUGCAUCAAACCCCUUUGUGAUUUGCUGACUGUAAUGGAUUCAAAGAUUGUUCAAGUGGCCCUCAAUGGACUGGAGAACAUCCUUCGGCUUGGAGAACAAGAGAGCAAGCGCAGUGGCUCAGGAGUAAAUCCCUACUGUGGCCUCAUCGAAGAAGCCUAUGGCUUGGAUAAAAUUGAGUUUCUCCAGAGCCAUGAGAACCAGGACAUCUACCAGAAGGCCUUCGACCUCAUUGAGCACUACUUUGGUGUAGAAGAUGAUGAUAGCAGCCUGGCUCCCCAAGUGGAUGAAACACAACAGCAGUUCAUCUUCCAACAGCCUGAGGCCCCCAUGGAGGGCUUCCAGCUAUAAUGUCUGCCUCCGGGGAGGGGAUGGGAUGGGAAGCACCACCAACCAGCGGAAAAGCAGCCCUCUGGUGGGCGGGAAACCAGCCCCCCACCACCAGCCACCACACACCUCUGCUGCCCUGGAAACUGUGCUCUUGACCUGCUCCACCCCCUUCCCUUUGAGGGAGCACCCUCUGGACAGACAGAACCAUCUGAGGCUCAUAUUUGGGUUUUGUGACAAGAAGGGGACGUGUUGGGUUUUUCUUCCUUACACUCUAUUUUGGCUGCACAUAUGUCUUUAACCCAGGAGCCCAGGGUAGACAAAGGAGGACUGAGGUAAUCAAUUUUGCACCUUUUUUAUGUUUAUUUUUUCUUUAGUAGUGACUUCCUUCCCUUUUAUCUUCCUUCGUCCUUCCCAGUUCUCUGCCCUGAUUUGUGUAACUCUUAUCUUGGGUACUUGAGCAGAUGGAAUAUUCCAGAAGUAGGGGGUGGGAGGGGAGGAGAGAAAUCCCAAAAAAGUAUUCUCACUCUGACAGAAUAUUAAUCUUGUAUGCUUGGAUUGAGUUAUUUAAUUUUUUUCUUUUGCACAUUUUUCUUGUAUUAAGGUUGCUCUUUCCAAGAACCAUGAGUUCCUGGUUUUAGGAAUCCCAGCUGCCAGCAUUGUCUGGGACUAGAGGCUGAGGGGGAGGUCACCAUAAGACAGGGCCCUUCCCCCCACCCCUCUCUAAUCUCUGCCCAGACCUCUUUAGUUUGGGAGAUCCCCCUCACUCUCCUGGGCAACUACACCAGUGGGAGUGGAGGGGAGGAGCACAGGCCUUUCAGACGGGGCUUCCCAUGUGUCGCUACUGAUCCCAUGUUUCCUACCCACCUUCCAAUGGUGCGACCCAACUUCAUUUGUUUACUUGAAAAUUCCCCUCGGAGCUGAAUGAACCUCUGAGGUAGCUGUAUUUUCUCCUAAGCACGAGACAGGGGGCUGUGAUCCUUCCUUUCUCCUGAGGAGAAAGUCCUUGCUCUGGUGACCCAUAAGUUGCAGAGGAGGUUGGAGUGAGAGUGUCAUGUAUUGGGAUAGCCAGGGAUCCCUACCUUUGGCCUUUCUUCCUCUUCCAUAGUUGGAUCAUGUAUAUUUUAUUUCCAAAGGAGAGAAUGUCAAAAAGUUCUGUAUUUUUUUAUAUUCUAUAUAUUAGGUAGGUCAAUCUUAAUUGGUCUUGAGAGGAAGAACUGUAAUUUCUGUUAGUAGGGUACUGUGAGGAAGACCACAAAGAAAUGUGGAAGCUCCCUCAGGAGGCCUGAGCUUGGUCCUUUUCUUCUCUGCUUGGAUUCUGGGCCACCACUGGGGACCAACCCUUAGCUCUGGAACCUUUAUGUAGCAUGUCAGCCUGGUCUGAUUGUCCCAGUACCUGAAGGAAGCAAGGAUGACCCAGGGUGUGGUGAAGCAUAACACUCUAAUCUUUACUGUGAGCAUCCUGCUUGCAUCAGAAAACCCAGAAAGUGUCUGCCUUCUUAGAUUUGGUCUCAAAAGACCCUUGUUCACAUAAGUUAUCACUCAUGGCUGACUUUCCUAUUAUCACAGAAACUUAGCAGCCUCAGGACUUUUGUGAGAGUUAUCGAUAUCUUCCCUGUUUGGGAUCCUUGUACCUGGUUUGGGUUUUGCCCUUCCUUGUGACAGUUAUAACCCUAGUGUCUUUUUUUUCUUUUCUCUUUGAAUAAAGCUAGUGCAGUGCCACAAUGGCUUGCCUGUGCUUUUGUGAAUUACAUAUGAGAGCUAAGCCCAGUGGUUGGGGAUGGGGUGGAGGAAGUUGUCAGAUAAGUAAGUAUAGACCAACAUUGAGAAGGCACAAUCUGCUCUGCCCCUGCUUUCCUCCGUGGUCAGUCAGUCAGAGGUGCCCUGCUCUAAGCUGUAUUUUCCCUACCCCAGAAACAGUGCCAUUCUUGCUUCCAUUCCUACAAAUCCCUGGCUCAGGUGAAAUCCAUGCCCCUCUGCUUACAGGUCUAAGAUUCAGGUGCUCACUGUCAGCCUUGAAUUUGCCUUCAUUCUGGUUUGAGAUCCAACUCCAUAGCCAUUUUCUGAGAAAGGUGGUUUGAGGCUAUAGCUUGUCACUAAAGGUGUGUCAGAUGCUACUCUUCAGCUUAGGAAUGUGACUCAACCCCCAGUCUCCCAGGUAGGCAAGAGGCAGGACCUUUUCCGAUUGGCCUGCUGACUCCAUUACAAACUAUUCUAUAGUUCAAAGAAAAACUCCACUCUCACCCCUACCCCCCAUCCUUGUCCAAAGGGGAAAGAAAGCACUUUAGUGGGAUCUACUUUGUACAUCUUAAGCAAUAGUUAAGUCCCUGACAUUGGGACCAAAUUCUUACUGUGAGACCUACACACCCUGCUUUUCCCAACUAUUCCUCCAAAAUCUACUUUCCCUUCAGAUCUGGGCCCUGUACCAGAUGGAAGACUUGAUCCUCUGGCUGCUGCUUAAAGCCAGUGUUCCUCAAAGGCUGAAGUCUCCCAGGGCACAACAUGAGGACAGAUUUCUCAUCAGCUCAAAGUGGCCUCUCGGAGCUUUCCUUUGUUAGUGUCUUCCUCAGACCAUGUUUUCCCAUGAUCUUCCUCUAACCCCUCUCCGUCAACAGGCGAAGUUCUUCCAGCCGCAGAGGCAGUGUUUCUUUUGUGUUUCUCCUCUCCUUUGGCCAUCUUGGGAAGCAAAGUAAUAUUUCUUUAACCCAGGCUUGACAGCCACUCUUCAUGGACAGCUCCCAUCUGGACUCCGGACCCUGGCCUAGGUGAGGUCAAAGGCUUUCAGGUAGAUUUCUGAAUGGGUGUUGCAGGGAUGGAGGGACUGCCAGGCUGCUAUAGGGAGUAGCCUGAUAAGACAUGUUUUGGAAUCUUCAUAUGUUGACACAUGACUGGUAUGUCCACUUUAAGAUCUCUGGUGGGGAUGGAGGUUUCUAGGUGUGGAAUAGGGAUAAGGAGCCUUUUUCUUAGCUAAAGUAUUCAAAUACUGUUUUGAACAGUGCCAGCUAUUCUUUAUUGCCAGCCCCUCUUCAUCUUCCAGUACUAACAGGGCCUCUUGUCCUAGAAGCCUGCCCACAUUUCUAAGGUCUCCCCAGUGACUACCUGGUCUUGGUGUUGGCUGCACCUUCUGAUAGAACCACAUGGGUUCCACCUCAGCUGGCCAGCCUGGUUACUUGGGUCCUUGGGUACAAAUGGCCCUUCCAAGGAGCAGGUGUUAAUGACUUCCGCUUUCAGGAGCCCUUGGUGUUCCCCAUUAUCUACCUAGGACCCUUAGGUCUACCUCCUUCUACUUAUUCUCCUUGCUCUGGAAGCAACUUUCCAGAAGCCCAAUUUUUUGGAGCUGAACUGCACAGAGUAUAGCUGCUACUAUAAUUAGUCAAGGAAGAGCAAAAGAAGGCUCUCAGGCACAGACUUUUCUCUCAAGCCAAACCAGCUUAAAAGGAAAAACGGUGUACAGAAUGAAAUGGAUUUCCAUUUUCGUGUCUGCCUGCCUUCCCCUUCAUCCUAGAGUUACUCCUGUUUCUAGCAUAAUAGAAGGGAAGAUGAAUGCCUGGCAGUACUUUCCUCCUCAUUCCACAUACCCCUCUUUGAAUGCCUCAGCUCAUAUGUUGUGGCUACAUACCCUCUCCCAAGACUCACUCAGCUUGGUGUCUAUCAUCUUGGGUAUUCCUCUGUAGAUUUGUCUUGUGGGCUCAGAUUCUGGAUUCUCAAAUGAAGGCAGGAAGCCAGAUUCUCCAGGUCCCUAUAGGCCCUACAGGGACCUGUAGGAUAAACAGGCUGCCUGGGGACCUCAGGAAUGUGUGUGACUGCCUGCCUCCCUGGCAGGCUGGGGAAGGGUGCCAGGCCCAAUGCCACAGGAAAAUGCUCAUAACCAGUCGUAACAUCUUCUACAAGUGAGUGUGAGACUGAGAAAAUGCUCAGAGUAGGUUUCUUCCAUAGCCGUUUUAGGAUUCUAGACCAAUCUUGUCCAGUAUUGUUUCUGUGUCUUAACUUUUGGAUUCUUUUGUUAAACCAACAAGCUGAGAUUUUGACCCUGUGGGGAUUCAUGUCAUAGGCACUAGCUGCUCUUUGGCCAAGGCCUUCACAAAUGAUUCAGUAUCUUUUUGUCUAUCCGCCAGCCUCGGAUUAAGACCAUAGCAAGGGAAGAAUUUGAGGUCAGCACCAACCAAGUCUGAAUUAAAGCUGUUAUAUUUCCUUUGGGGGCAUUUUGCCUCAGGCCUGGGCUAUUUGCAGCAUUAAAUUUUGGGCUCAACACCACAGGAGAAAGAUUUGUGUAGUGUUACAAAGGUUUGUGUAGUUUGGGCCUACCUCGCUAUUUCUGGGCCAGCCUGACUGCUGAUAUCCACGUUAGAACAUACCUGAACCCCUUUGCUAAAUGCUAGAUCCCUGCGCCCCUGUGUAGGUCAGAUUUUCAGCCCCUGGGUUUUAGGACAAUAUCUUGCCAUUCCCUGGGAGUAGUGAAGGAAGUCAAAUCUCAGAUCCUGAGGCUGACUGGGAACCUCUGACUCAGGAUGGCUUUAGAGAGUCCACAUCUAUGAGAAUCCUCAGGCCCUGUAGUUGGGUAUUGACUCUUUAGCCAACUUUUGUGGGAACUGCCUUUGAAUGAGCCACUACAGAAGCGAAGGUGGUGUGAGGUCCCAGCCACCCAAAACAAACCAGAUGUCCCUCAACAGCAGCUUGGGUUCCCAGUACAGACCCUGCAAAGGUGAAUCGAACCUUUUUCUCACUGGUUUUCCUUUCCAAAUUCAUUUGCUUUUCAUUUUCCAAGAACUGUAAACUCUGGCUAUUUUCUAUGUUCUCAGGGCCCCUGGGUAGACAACAAAGCUUGAUUUCAGAGCAGACAUAGGCCAAGAAACCAUGGCAUUGAGUGUGCUGAGUCCAGACAAAUGAUAUUUAUAUAUACAUCCAAAUUUGAAGAGAAAAUGUAUUUCUUUAGGUUUCAAACACUGUAAUAGAAAUAAAGCAAAAAUAAAAACCUGUUGCAAAGUU